AAUGGUCGAGUAUAACUUGAAGGAAAAUGAAUGGCUUCAAGGGUUAUAUAAGAUUAGAGAAUCUUGGAUACCAAUUUAUAACAGGAGUACAUUCUUUGCUGGAAUGAAUACUACUCAAAGAAGUGAAAGUAUUAAUGCUUUCUUUGAUUCUUUUGUUGAUGCAUCAACAACAUUACAAGAAUUUGUGUUGAAGUUUGAGAAAGCUGUUGAAAGUCGCUUAGAGGCAGAACGAAAGGAAAAUUAUGAAUCAAGGCAUAAGUCUCGUAUUUUGAGUACCGGGUCAAAACUUGAGGAACAUGCGGCAUCUAUAUACACCAGAAAUAUUUUUGCUAAAUUUAAAGGUGAGCUAGAGAAAAUCAACCGAUUCACUAGACAUAAGAUUAGAAGAGAUGGGCCUAAAUAUGUGUAUCAGGUGUCCAAUUGCUAUGAUGCUCGAGAUACUUUCACUGUUGAUAUAGACUUAGACUCACAGAUUGCUAAAUGUGGCUGUGAACUAUAUGAAUUUAUGGGGAUAUUGUGCCGACACAUACUAGUAAUUUUCCAAGCAAAGGGAGUUGUUCAGAUUCCUAGUCAUUUUAUUAUGGAACGAUGGACUAAGGAUGCUAACAGAGGUCUUGAAGACACUUAUAAUGAUAAUGAUUUGGGUGAAAAAUCUGAUACAUUAAAGAUUUUAAGAAGGGUGCAUGUACAACGAGAAGCAAGUUUUUUAGCUGAUCUAGCAGAAGAGUCUGAGGAAGCAUACAAUUUCAUUAUUUCAGAAAUGAAGCAAACUCAUAAGUCAGCUGCUGCAAUGAAAACAAGUGAAGGAGUAGCACUUUUGGAGUCAAGCGAGAAGAAUGUAAAUCAAGUUUGCUCAUCUGAGCAAGUGAGUGAACCACCACAACUGACUAUUGGAAACCCGCAUGUAUCACAAACAAAGGGGAGAAAGAAGGAUGGAGGAAAAAUGACUCAAAAUGGCAGAUUUAAGAGUGGACUUGAAGUGUCACUUAAUAAAUCAGUUGUCAAAAGGAAAGCAUGUCAUGAAUGCGGGGAGCACGGUCACAAUAGCAGAACUUGCAAGAAAAGAAAUCAAAAUGAUUAA